AUGAGAUCCUCUUACUCUAGAAAAAGUAAUGGAUACGGACAAUUCAAUCAACAUCAAAAUCAACAUCAAAAUCAAAACCAUAAACCAUCACUUCCUCAAGAUCAAAUGUAUAUGAAUAACCAGAGACUUCCUCAACCGAUGAUGUAUCCACAAAUAGAUCAAUAUGGGUUCCAAUAUGGAAUCGUUCCUCCUCAAUUUUCAAACUCACCGAUAAUGAAUGCUCCACCAACACCUUUUGAUUCAAGUUAUGGUGCAACUUUAUUACCAUCGCAUCUACUGAUGGGUUCGCCGUACCUAACGUCCCCAAAAGUUAAGUUUUCUCAACAACAGCAGCAACAUCAGCAUCAAUUACAACAACAACAGCAACAUCAACAUCAACAACAACAACAAAGUCAAAACGCUCAAUCUCAAUUACAUUCUUUCAAGUUUGACAAUCAUAACAUUAUGGAUGGGAAUCCACAUUUUAAUAAUAAUGAACAACUUGGUAACAGGAAAAUGUCUAAUUUGUCAAAUAAACCUAUUAACUCAAGAAAUAUUCAAAUGCAAAUGAAUGCUAUCAAUGAUGACGAUAGAUUUAGUUAUAUGAAAUCAUUGUUUAAACAACCUUUCAAUAUUACAUUUAAAGUUUUACCAAAGGGUGAUGAUGUAUAUAGAACUAGAUCAUUAUUGUUUGAAAAUAUUGAUAAAUCAAUCGAUAUCCACGAAUUUAUUUCCAAUUUUGUGAAGGUAAAUACUAUUGAAAGUGUAUAUAUUGUCGAUUAUUCAGCUGGCUCAAUCUCUAAUAAUGCCGAAAGUCAGGAUAAUAGUAAUAAUGAAAUCGAUCAAGAUAAACAAUCUAUUUUAUUAAGUUUUUUUACACGACAACUUUGUCUAGAUUUCUACAAUAGUGUAUUACAAAGGUUGAAAGAAUUCAAAAAGAAUUUAAAAUCAGAAUCUCUUAGAUUAAGCUUUGUAUCAUUAAACUACAUUCCUUUCAAUACCAGUAAUACAAACGAUAAAGAAGAAGAUGAACAGGAUAGUAAAGCGGAAGACGAUACCGCUAUCUACAAUGCAUCAUUUUUGUCUAGUCUACAAACAGAUAUAAUCCCAACUGAAGCUACCAGAUCUAUUGUUGUUGAAUUCGAUAAAAAAAUUACAAACGAGGAAAUUUUAAAUGAAAAAUUAGAUUUCUUGAAGGAAAAUAAUUUAAGAUACAUUAUGGAAUCCGUAUAUUUUAUUAAUGCUUCUAAACCACAAGAUGAAUUCAAUGAAAAUUACGUAAUUUUAACUUUCCUGAACAUUUCUAUGGCAAAUGAAAUCCUAAAUUACUUGGAUGUUGAAAAACAAAAAUUAGAUAUUGUUGAUUGUUUCUUUGUCAGUAUAACUUCUAGAAGAGAAAGAACAUCAAGAACAUCCGAAUCAUCUAAAACUUCAGACACUGUGAAACCUACACCAAUGAACAACAAUUUGCGUAAUGCCAGCCUCGUAAGUCUUCAAUCUUCAGACUCCAAUCUAUCAUUACCUAGCAAAUAUGACAUAUCUUCCUUAAAAGAAUGCAAACUAAAGAUCGAUAAAGAUGAUUACCCAGCUCCAUUUACAAAAGAGUUUGAAGAUCAUCUUCCUAAUAUUGCUGUUUCUCAACCGAAUCAAAUCAAUGGAUCUAUGGCUCCUCCAAUGAGUCAAGAAAUGUUUGUCAACGAUGCAGGCACAUUACCAGGAAUGUCACCAUCAUUUGGCCCAGUAGAGACAUUUGGGCUUGAACAACCACAAAACUUUGGGUCCUCAGUGAUUUCAAGAAAUGGGUCCUUCAUGGAACCUGGUCCAAUUAUGAACCAACCAUCUUUUUACUUGGAUCAACCACAAUAUCAUAGAAAUUCUGCGGUUCGUCCAAUAACUGACUCCUUAGAGGAUCAAAUGAAUACUUCGGCAAAGAUCGCAUCAGCAAUGGGUAGUGAUGCAGGUAACAGAACUAUCUACAUUGGUAAUAUUAAUCCUAGAUCGAAACCCGAAGAUAUCUGUAACGUCGUUAGAGGUGGUAUCUUACAAAGUAUUAGAUUUAUUGAAUCCAAGCGUAUCUGUUUUGUUACAUUUAUCGAAGCAUCUGCUGCUGUUCAAUUCUAUGCCAACGCUUUCAUAGAUCCUAUUGUAUUACACGGUAAUACCCUAAAGUUGGGUUGGGGUAACUACUCUGGCCCACUUCCAAAAUCAAUUGCAUUAGCCGUUACUGUCGGUGGUAGUAGAAAUGUUUAUGUCAGUCUUCCUGACAUAGCAUUCAAGGAUAAAUUCAUAACCAACCCUGAAUACAAACAGUACCAUGACCAAUAUAAACUUCCAAGUGCUGAACAAUUGAGAAUAGAUUUCUCUACUUACGGUACAAUAGAACAAAUUAAUUAUAUGAAGGACAGUCAUUGUUGUUGGAUAAAUUUCAUGAAUAUAUCUUCAGCGAUUAAAUUAGUAGAAGAAGCUAACAAUAAGAAAAAUAGAUUAGAAGAGAAAUUCAAUGGCCGUUACAAUGGACUGAUUAUCAAUUACGGGAAGGAUCGUUGUGGUAAUGUUAAUAGAAACUUAGUUGCAGGAAAGAAGUCAAGAUUCUAUAAUAAGGUCAAGAGACCAAGUUAUGACAUCAGAUUAAGUAAAUUGGAAGAGAAGAGAAAAUAUAGAGAAUCCAAGAAAAGGGAAGAGGAUAUGACCCAAUCAUUCCUACACGAUGUCUCAUCUCUUGAUAACCAAAACAUUUUGUCGGAGGAUAAAGAAGAUAUAAUGAACCUAGCCUCCUUAGGUAUAACUCUAAAUAAUGAGGAAAGCAAUGAAAACAGUACUGAAAUUAUGGAACAGAUUGAUGAGAAGGACACAAAAUCAGAAACAGGCGACGUUCUACAAGACUUCCUAUCCACCAAAUUAACUGGCGAGAGAGAAGAGAAAGAAAUAAUAAGUAAUGAAAUUACGAACACUACUGAAGAAUCUGUCUCCUCAUCUGAAGUCGAAUUCAUUAUCAAUAAACCUGAUACGUUAGCAAAUAGAAGCAAUAUGUCAUUUAAUGAUAGCAUGAUGAGUCAAGAAGAUCUAACCAACCAUGCGAUAAAGGCUACCAUUAUGAAUAGUAACAAGCCAGGUAUAUCUAAGCAAGCCUUGAACCUAGAACCACCUUUUGCUCCUGACACUAUCUCAAGAGACUACGCUAUGCAAUAUGGUGGUCUUGGUGGUCCACCAGCCAUGCCAAUGACAGAAGAAUGGAACCAAAAUAACAACACUUAUACCAAUGACGUGAACAAGAAUGGUGGUAAUCAAAGGAGAAACAAGAACAAUCACCAGAAAAACAACAAGUCAAAGAGUAAGAAUGGAAGAACUAUUCCUGGCUCUGACGUCAUGGCACAAUACCUUGCACAAUUGCAACAUUCAACUUUUAUGUAUGCUGCAAACGUUCUUGGUGCCUCUGCGGAUGACUCUGAACUGUAUGAAGAAUGA